CCGCUCUCAACCGCCACUCCUCCCUACUCUCGUCUCGGCCUCAGGAUCAGCGGAAGCAGCAGCAAUGGCGAUGGCGUCGUCGAGCGGGCUCCGGAGCUGCAGCGCCGUGGGCGUGCCCAGCCUGCUGGCGCCGUCGUCGCGCUCCGGCCGGCUGCCGUUCUGCGCCAACGCCACCACCUCCGGCCGCGUCACCAUGUCCGCCGAGUGGAUGCCCGGCCAGCCCCGCCCCGCCCACCUCGACGGCUCCUCCCCCGGGGACUUCGGCUUCGACCCCCUCGGCCUCGCCACCGUGCCGGAGAACUUCGAGCGGUUCAAGGAGUCCGAGGUCUACCACUGCCGCUGGGCCAUGCUCGCCGUGCCCGGGAUCUUGGUGCCGGAGGCGCUGGGCCUUGGCAACUGGGUGAAGGCGCAGGAGUGGGCGGCCGUCCCCGGCGGCCAGGCCACGUACCUGGGCAACCCGGUGCCGUGGGGCUCGCUGCCCACCAUCCUGGUGAUCGAGUUCGUGGCCAUCGCCUUCGCCGAGCACCAGCGCACCAUGGAGAAGGACCCCGAGAAGAAGAAGUACCCCGGCGGCGCCUUCGACCCGCUCGGCUUCUCCAAGGACCCCGUCAAGUUCGAGGAGUACAAGCUCAAGGAGAUCAAGAACGGCCGGCUGGCGAUGUUGGCGUUCGUGGGGUUCUGCGUGCAGCAGUCGGCGUACCCCGGCACGGGGCCGCUGGAGAACCUGGCCACCCACCUCGCCGACCCGUGGCACAACAACAUCGGCGACAUCAUCAUCCCCAGAACGAUCUACCCUUGAGCUUAGACGACGGCGGCGAGCCAAGAGGAUGAGACGGGACGGGCUGCGCUGGGAGAGUACUGGAUCGAUGGUGUUUUCUGUGUGUGGAUUACUGGGCACUGCCUGCGUGCGUGCGUGCAGCAACUGUACAACGAACGACGGCGGCGACUUUCCGGCUGGCCGGGAGGGAACCCCUUGUGUAAUACUGUAAUGUAAAGCUUAUUAUGAUUAAGUAGCGGUUACUCUUGUGAAUCCACCCAACUUUUGCUCCAAAA